AUGUAUUCAUUAACUAAUCGAUAUGAAUCAACAGCAAUUCCUAGUUUAUCUGACUAUGCAUUUGGAGAAAGAUUAGGUGCUGGAUCAUAUGGAACUGUAUAUAAAGCAAGAUUAAUAUCGAAUGUUCAAUCAAGACCAAAUUCAGCUGCAUGUAAUCGUCCAACAAGUGCUCGACCUACAAGUGCUUUACCCACCUUCUAUGCUAUUAAAUGUAUCAAUCGUAAAAUUUUAACAAAAACUACCGAAGAUUUACUUGUAAAUGAAAUCAAAAUGCUUAAAGAAAUAAAACAUGAAAAUAUUGUUGAAAUGUAUGAUUUUCGAUGGGAUGAAAAUUACAUCUAUAUUGUUAUGGAAUAUUGUGCUGGAGGUGAUAUGUCAAUGUUUAUACGUUCACGACAACAAUUAACAGAAGCUCGUGCUCGACCGUUUGUACAACAAAUUGCUAAAGUAUUAAAAUUUUUAUAUGAAAAAAGCAUUAGUCAUAUGGAUUUAAAACCUGAAAAUAUUCUUUUAACAUCAAUUGAAAAACCAAUUUUAAAAGUAGCUGAUUUUGGUGUAGCACAACAUAUUGGACAACAAGGAAGUCGAAGUAUACGUGGAACACUUGUGUAUAUGGCUCCAGAAAUUCUUUCGUCAUAUCCAUAUGAUAAUCGAGUUGAUCUUUGGUCAAUUGGAGUUAUACUUUAUGAAUGUCUUUUCGGUCGACCACCUUUUGUUUUUUCAACAGUUCAGCAACUUAUUGAUAUAAUUAAAUCAAAUAUUCCAAUUGAAAUUCCGAAUGAUGCACAAAUAUCUCCUGAGUGUCGUAAUUUACUUGAAAAUUUAUUACAACGUGAUCCAAAUCAACGAAUAAGUUUUCCAGAUUUUUUUCGACAUCCAUUUAUUUCUAUUGACUUAUUACCUCAAAUUGCUCAUGCCGAUAAUAUUUUACAACAAGCCAUCAAUUAUGAACAAUCAGGAGAUUUAAAAAAAGCUUUAGAUUAUCGUGUCCAAGCAUUAGAUGAAUAUCUUGCAAUAAUUAAAGGUAUUUAA